AUGUCGUUGAAUGAUGAACUACUGAAAGAUUUAGAUAGUGAUAGUGACUUUGAGUCUGAAAAAGAAGAAGUUGAAAAUGUUGAAAUUAAAGAAUUAAAAGAUAUAAGCUCAAAAGACAAUAGUGGUGAUAUACCCAUGGACGACGUUGAAACGCAGUUGAAUCAAUUGAUAAAUUCAGGGAAAGAUGUGUCGACGGGUGAUCUACUUUCAAGGAUCGAUCUUUCCACGAUACAAGACGUUACCAAAAUCUCAAAAUUAAGUCAUAAGAUUGGUCCAAUAUUGGAUAAAAUUCAACAAUACAAAGCACAACCAGUUUCCAAAAAGGAAGAAUAUGAUUUUCUUAUAGGGGUUAAUGAUUUAUCAGUAGAGAUCACAAAUGAAAUUUUCUUGGUUCAUGAUUUCAUUAAGGCACAUUAUAGAAGAAGAUUUCCAGAAUUAGAAUCACUGAUACCGAACUCAUUUGAAUAUUCCAAAAUUGUGAAAACUCUAGGAAACAAUUUAGAUAUAUCACAAGAUGAACUAUCAUUCAUAUCCAAGGAGAAAGUUUUAGUUUUAACAAUGUCUGUCAUCCAAGCUAAAGAUAAUACCCAGGAAUUAUCACCUUCAGAUUUACAAAAAGUCAUUGCUGCUUGUGAUUUGUUACUAGAAUUAGAUUCGUCUAGAAGGGAAAUCACAGAAUAUGUCGCCUCAAGACUAUCCGUUUUCGCACCAAAUUUAGCAGCAAUUGUUGGUUCUUAUACCGCAUCACAAUUUAUGAGUGUCUUGGGUGGUUUGAAAGGUCUUUCACAAACACCAUCAUGUAACAUUCCAUCAUUGGGAAACAAAAGAGCUGUCGGUAUAGGUUUUGGACAAAGUGGUGUUAGACAACAAGGUAUAUUAUUCUAUAGUGACCUUAUUCAAUCAGUUGAUCCUGAUAUAAGAAAACAAGCAAUGAGAAUAGUAUCAGGUAAGAUUAUUUUAGCUGCUAGAAUGGAUUUUGCAAGCUCUGUUCCUGAUGGAUCUCGGGGUCAAAAAUGGAGAAGAGAAAUUGAUGAAAAAAUAGAUAAAUUACAAGAACCACCAGAAAAUAAAGCACCAAAAGCUUUACCUGCACCAAUUGACAAGCCUUCUAAGAAGAGAGCUGGUAGAAAAUAUAGAAAGAUGAGAGAAAGAGUUCAAUCAUCAGAAUUGAGAAAAGCACAAAACAGAAUGGAAUUCGGUAAAGUGGAAAAUUCUGUUACUGAUGGAUUUGGUGAAGAAAUUGGUCUAGGUAUGUCAGGAUCAUUAUCUGGUAUUGCUGUUAAUACCAAUACAAAUGCUAAAGUUUCAAAAGCUAUGAAGAAUCGAUUGGAAAAAGCUACUGAAAAUAGUGAACAAUUCAAUAUGGCUGUUUUGAACUUUGGUAAUACUGAUAAUGCUAAAUCAUUAGAAAAUGGAAGGGAUGGGAAACGAAUAAAGAGAUGA